AUGGGUAACAAGUGCUGCAGCCGCCGGCAUGACCCCGACCGACCACUCGUUUACCCCGCGUACAAGAAAAAUGAGGCGGGUUUCACGACGUGCCCGUCGCUGGAGAGCCGAUACACCGGCGAGCCGAAUAACCGCGUCGUCUCGCGGCGUCCCGCAGACAUCGUCCGCACACGGAACCCGGGCACAUGCAUAUCGAACGGGGGCAGGAGGGUGGUCAAGGCCCUUUGCGCGUACACCGCCCGCGCCGAGUCUGAUAUAUCGUUCCGCAAGGGCGAUCGAAUGGAGGUGCUGAGCGAUGCGGAGCCCGACUGGUGGCGAGUGCUGCACCUCACCACGAGGCGGGAGGGCCUGGUGCCGGCGAACUUCGUAGCGGAGGAGAGUUCCGUCGAGUGCGAGGACUGGUUCUUCCCGCACGUGUCGCGGAAGGAGGCGGACAAGUUGCUCCUAGCCGAGGGGAAUCCCCGCGGCACUUUCUUGGUGCGCCCCGCCGAGCACAACCCGCACGGGUUCAGCCUGAGCGUCAAGGACUGGGAGGAGGGGCGCGGCUACCACGUGAAGCACUACAAGAUCAAGCCCCUCGACAACGGAGGGUUCUACAUCGCCACCAACCAGACCUUCCCCAGCCUGCCGGCGCUCGUCAUGUCUUACACAAAGAACGCGCUAGGCCUCUGCCACGUGCUGGCGCGGCCGUGCCCCAAGCCCGAGCCCCAGAUGUGGGACUUGGGGCCGGAGCUGAGGGACAAGUGGGAGAUACCCAGGAGCCAGAUCCAGCUCAUCAAGAAACUGGGCCAGGGUAACUUCGGCGAGGUGUACUACGGCAAAUGGUGCAAUAGUAUCGAGGUCGCCGUGAAGACGCUCCGCGAGGGCACAAUGUCCACGCAGGCGUUCCUCCAGGAGGCGGCGAUCAUGAAGAAGUUCCGCCACAAGCGGCUGGUGGCGCUCUACGCGGUCUGCUCGCAGCAGGAGCCGGUCUACAUCGUGCAGGAGUACAUGUGCAAGGGCUCGCUGCUCGAGUUCCUCAGGAACGGCGAGGGCAAGUCGCUCCAGUUCGAGGACCUGGUCUACGUGGCGGCGCAGGUCGCCUCCGGCAUGGCCUACCUGGAGUCGAAGCUGCUCAUCCACAGGGACCUGGCCGCCAGGAACGUGCUGAUAGGCGACAACAACGUCGCGAAGAUAUGCGACUUCGGCCUCGCGCGCGUCAUAGAGGACAACGAGUACUGCCCGAAACAGGGCUCCCGCUUCCCGGUGAAGUGGACCGCGCCGGAGGCGAUCAUAUACGGCCGCUUCUCGAUCAAGAGCGACGUCUGGUCGUACGGCAUCCUGCUCAUGGAGCUGUUCACGUACGGCCAGAUACCGUACCCGGGCCUCCACGGCAAGGAGGUAAUCGAGCAGGUGGAGCGCGGCUACAGGAUGCCCAAGCCGGUAGGCCACUACCUGCCCGACGCGAUAUACGGCCUGAUGCUGCAGUGCUGGGACGCGACGCCGGAGAAGAGGCCCACCUUCGAGUUCCUCAACCACUACUUCGAGUCGUUCACGGUGACGAGCGAGACGCCCUACAGAGAGGUGCAGGAC